AGUUAAUUUUAUUUAUUUGUUUUUUCCUCAUAUGAUAUGUACGUUUGAAACUAAAUUUCUAAGUGCUAAAAUCUUCCUGUUUUUUGUUAUUUUUUUAUUUAACGCGCAUCAUGCAAUCCCUACAACCGAAACGCGCGAAUCCCAAGAACAAGACUCGAGAUGCGCAGAAGGCAACUCUAAUGGCGAUGGCAGUCCCGCCUCGUAAGCUCAUAAUUCCUCGCCCGGAUGUCCUGCACACAUACAUGGAGCACCGUCAAAUCAAUCAAUAUUUGGAGUAUAUUGCCAAUCGAUACUCACACUUUGUCAAACUCUAUACCCUCGGGUUAUCUUUCGAGCGUCGCGAGGUGCGCGCUCUCGAGAUCAACUGGAUGAACUCGGACAAUGUGGAGCUGCCACCACAGCUCCGUAUGAAAUCGGCACCAGCGUUGGAGCGACCCUUCCAGCCAGGCGAUGGUCCCUCUAAGGGACCGCUUAUCAACCUGUCCGAUCAGGGCCGCAACAUUGUUUUCAUUGAGGCGGGAACGCACGCACGGGAAUGGAUCACCAUAACAACGGCCCUAAACUGCAUCUAUCAACUAGCAGAGCGUUAUACCCGCAACAUUGAAGUGCUGCGCAAGCUACGCUUCUUCGUAGUGCCGGUCGUCAAUCCCGAUGGCUAUGAGUACUCGCGUACCAAGAAUCGCAACUGGCGCAAAAAUCGAAGACCUCACAAACAAACAAAAUUCGUAGGCACCGACUGUAAUCGCAAUUACGAUAUCUUCUGGGACUCCGGACCGUCGAAAAUAAAUCGUAAUACGUACAAGGGGGAGAGACCUUUCUCUGAGCCCGAAACGCGUGCGAUGCGUAAUAUUCUGGAUCGAGUUGAGCCGAAUUUGUUGUUCUUCCUGUCGCUACAUUCCUACGGCCAAUCCAUUAUGUAUCCAUGGGGCUAUUCCAGAGAAUCUACGCACUAUUGGCGCGACCUGCACUCGCUGGCCAACUCCGGUAGAACUGCCAUCAAGUCGUACAACGGACGGGAGUAUCGUACUGGCAGCAUUUCUUGCCUCAAUAAACGAACCAUAGCUGGCUCCAUUGUAGAUUAUGUCUAUGGUGUGCUUAGAGCGCCUAUGGCUCUUGUAAUGGAGCUACCGUCGCGCGAUCUGGGCUUCCAACCUCCCGUUGAGAUGGUCAGCCAGAUAGGUCACGAAAGCUGGUUCGGUAUACGAGAGAUGUGCAAACGUGCUUACGAUCUGCGCUUAAUCAUCAAGCGUGAACUGGAACCGAAGAUGCCGCUGCCUCCUAUUCCACCCCCGCCGGCGCCUCGUCUGCGUAAGUCGGGUGGUGAGGAUACACCAAGCAUGCAAAGCAAACACGAAACAAAAAUAGAUUCCGCUACCCAAUCCAUAGAGGCCAAGGACGAGACUAGUACGGCGAAGAAAAAGACUACUCCAAAGAAAGGGAAAAAGCGAAUCAAGCGUUAUGCCCACGAGAAUAUACUGGAGAUUCAGAGGCGUGGCAAUAUGCUUGCUAAGCGCUCCAGCAAAAUGGGAGCUCCUCUAAUCAAACGAGCGCUCACAGCCUCACCACCAGCUGCAUUGCGCUCCAAAGGUGGCUGCGGGGAUGGACCGGUCUUUACGGGCAGACCCAAGACAAUGCCUUAUUUUCCACCAUCACUAAAAUCCAACCUGCCGCUAGGCUUGUUUUUCUAA